AUGUCGUUUCUUCUCAAGAAACUCGUCCAUAAUGAGGCGAUGAAAACCGACCCCCACGAGAUUUACGGAUGGCGGGUAUACGCGUUAGCUUGUUCGGCAUGUUUUGGAGGCAUGUUGUUCGGUAUGGAGACUGGUAUCAUCGGCGGUGUCCUGACCAUGAAACCCUUUCAAGACAAAUACGGGCUGGAUCCCGAUAAUGCAGAAGCAGAGGCGAACCUCUCCGCGAAUAUCGUGUCUACACUACAAGCAGGAUGUUUCUUUGGUGCCUUGGCAGCAUCCUGGGUAGCUGAUAAAUACGGGAGAAAGUUAGGCCUAAUCGCUGCAUCUUUCGUCGCCAUACUCGGGGUGAUCAUGCAAGUUGCAGCGAGUGGUCACCUGGAAGCUAUGUAUAUCGGGCGCCUGCUCUGUGGGAUUGGUGUUGGCUUCGCGUCCAUGGUCAACCCUCUUUACGUCUCCGAGAACGCCCCACGAGCCAUCCGCGGUGGCCUCACAGGUCUAUAUCAGCUCUUCAUUACCAUGGGAAUUAUGCUUGCCUUUUGGAUCAACUACGGCUCCCUUCUCCACAUCAACGGUACAGCCCAAUACCUUGUCCCACUAGCUAUGCAAGCCCUUCCCGCAAUUCUUCUUCUCAUCGGGAUGCUCCUCUGCAACGAGUCUCCACGGUGGCUCGCCAAACAAGACCGCUGGGAAGAGGCGCGCGCAACCCUCUCCAGUGUCCGCAACCUUCCAGCGAACCACCCUUACGUCGAGAACGAAUUCCAAGACAUCGUCCGUCAACUAGAGUUCGAACGUCAGCUCAUCGGUGGCUCUGGAUUUGUUGAUCUCCUAAAGGAAAUGUGGCUGAUCGCCGGUAACCGCAAACGAGCCAUCAUUAGCAUCUGGUUGAUGAUAAUGCAGCAGCUCACUGGAACCAAUGCCAUAAAUUACUAUGCGCCGCAAAUAUUUGACAAUCUUGGCAUUAAAGGCUCAGCUAAUGGUCUUUUUGCUACUGGUGUAUACGGUAUAGUAAAAGUUUUGGGUUGUGCAUGUUUUCUAGUCUUUGUUGCUGACUCACUGGGUCGUCGCCGUUCUCUUCUCUGGACAUCAAUCGCCCAGGGUCUCACAAUGCUCUACAUCGGCCUAUACGUCCGAAUUGCACCUCCGGUCGAAGGAGAGCCCGUCAUUCCCGCGGGUUAUGUGGCCCUCGUCUGCAUUUUCCUGUUUGCUGCCGCUUUUCAGUUCGGAUGGGGCCCCGUAUGUUGGAUUUAUGUUUCUGAGAUACCUACGACACGCCUACGUAGUUUGAACGUUUCGUUUGCUGCUGCCACACAAUGGCUAUUCAACUUUGUUGUUGCGCGCGCAGUCCCAAACAUGCUGACUACUGUUGGCGCAAAUGGUUAUGGGACAUAUAUCAUUUUCGCAUGUUUCUGUUUUUCCAUGUUUGUUUUCGUCUGGUUCUUCAUCCCAGAAACCAAGGGUCUAUCGCUUGAGAAGAUGGACGAGCUCUUUGGUAUCGCGCAACCGGAACCGAAGGAGAACCCCGAUGACAAUGCCGUCAAAAAGCCGGAGGAAGUUCAUAUUGAAAGGGCAGUUUAA